AUGCCGAUAAAAGUCACGAGAGAAGACUUCCUUUGGACCAAUGGACGCGGCCACAACCAAAAACCUAUCCUCUACUCCCAAAAGCUAAACAACUAUGGUAUCGGCAAAAAACAACAUAGUUCUGACCAAUGGUGGGAGAAAGCCUUUGAUAGCCAGCUCAAGAACCUCGAUGUGGCGAGCGUAGGCGGUGAAGUGACAGUUACCCAGACCGCCAAGAAUGUGACUCCCAUCGGACUGGAGAGGAUUGCGAGGUUUUAUAUCCGUUUUGUGAGGGGGGGUGUGCUUCACGGUGGCAAGGAGAUUGCCGGGGCUGAGGGGGAUGGCAAAGAGGUCGCGGUUAGGAGUGGGGUUGAGCGGAAGGGCGAGAGGGUGAAGAAGAAGCGUAAGAAUGGACGGAAAGAAAAAGGGGGUAAAGGUGGGAAGAGAGAGCGCAAGGAGGAGGACGAAAAGCGAAAAGAACGGAAAUUGCUCAGGAGGUUGGUAAAGGAGGAGAUGGCAGCAUUGAAUGGAAGGAAAUACGGUAAUGAAUUGUUGGAGAGGGCGGUGGCCGCUGGGUAGCAAGCUCUCAUGACCGACGUGGUGGUGCCUCCAGACAUUGGCGUUUCGGGAGUCUGCGACUAAUGAACUGGCUGGGUUCGGGUUAUACAUAAUUCUUCUGCGAAGGGUAUAGAAAAAAGUUAUUUCCCAGAAAGGGCUACUAUCAAGUCCCUUCUAUCUUGUU